CCAAUUGAUUAAAGACACGUUAUUAAAGAUUUUGAUCAAAUUCAAAUAGAUUUGUAAAGUUUUUUGGUUUUUUUUUAAAAAAAAUACUGUCUUAUUGUCUGCUUUUUCAAGAAUGGAUGACGCAUUUACAAAAAACCCAAAAGAAAUUUUAGAUUUUUUUAAAGUUGAUAUAAAUAAAGGUUUAACACAAGAACAAGUUGAAGAUUCAACAAAAAUACACGGUAAAAAUGAAUUACCGGAAGAAGAAUCAACUUCUAUAUUUGAACUCAUUUUAGAACAGUUUAAAGAUCAACUUGUAAUAAUUCUCUUGAUUUCUGCGGCAGUAUCUUUCAUUCUUGCAUUGCUUGAAGAAUCUGAUGAACAAGGAACCGCUUUUGUAGAACCUAUAGUGAUUCUUUUAAUUCUGAUUGCUAAUGCUACUGUUGGAGUAAUCCAGGAACGUAACGCUGAAAAGGCCAUCGAGGCAUUGAAAGAGUAUUCGACAGAUGAAGCAAAAGUUUUACGCGAUGGUCAUCUUUUCAAAACUCACGCUUCUGAACUUGUCCCCGGUGAUAUAAUCGAAAUCGCUGUGGGUGAUAAAAUUCCUGCAGAUUCUCGGUUGUUAAAAAUACAUUCUUCAUCUUUUCGAGUAGAUCAAGCUAUCCUCACUGGUGAAAGUGUCAGUGUGAACAAAGAUAUAGAAGCCGUUGACGAUCCACGAGCAGUAAAGCAAGAUCAGACGAAUAUUUUAUUUUCGGGAACUACCGUCGUAUUAGGGAAAGGUCGUGCUAUAGUAGUAAAAACUGGUAGUGGUACUGCGAUAGGAGAUAUUCAUAAAAGUAUCUCAUCUCAAAUAUCCGAGAAAACACCGCUUAAACGUAAAUUAGAUGAUUUUGGUGAUCUUCUUGCUAAGGUCAUAUCAGUAAUUUGUAUUCUCGUAUGGCUUAUAAACAUUCGUCAUUUCAACGAUCCUUCACAUCAUGGUUGGUUAAAAGGUGCUAUUUAUUAUUUCAAAAUUGCAGUUGCGCUCGCUGUUGCCGCUAUUCCUGAAGGGUUGGCCGUAGUGAUCACAACAUGUUUGGCUCUCGGUACAAAAAAGAUGGCAAAUAGAAAUGCUAUUGUUCGUUCUUUACCAUCUGUCGAGACAUUGGGUUGCACGAGUGUUAUUUGUUCAGAUAAAACUGGUACUCUUACAACGAACCGUAUGAGCGUCUCUAAAGUUCUUGUGGUUUCUGAAGAUAUGGCAAAUCUCCAAGAGUAUGAUGUAGAAGGCUCUAGUUAUGCUCCACUUGGUAAUAUAUUGACCACUGAUGGUAAAAUUGUAGAUUCCCUUCCUGCAAAAAAUACAUGUAUCAAUGAGCUGGCUCAAGUAUGCGUUUUAUGUAAUGAUUCUCGCAUUGCGUAUAAUGAUGAUUCUAAAACGUAUCUCUGUGUUGGUGAACCGACUGAAGCGGCUCUAAAAGUUCUUGCAGAAAAGCUUAGUACGGACAGUGUAACUUUUAAUCAAUCUUUGAAUUCUUUAUCACCGAAAGAUCGUGCUACUGCAUGUAGUAAUUAUUAUGAAAGUCGUAAUCAUCGUUUAGCUACUCUCGAGUUUUCACGUGAUAGAAAAUCUAUGUCUGUACUUGUUCAAUCGGAAGAUAAUAAAUCUACUGCUACUUUACUUGUUAAAGGUGCUCCAGAAUCAAUACUUGAUCGAUGUGUAUCUGUUAGAUCAUCUUACUCAACAACAAACCUCAAUCCUGUCAUUCGAGAAAAGAUAAAUGAAAAAUUAUUAGAAUUUGGUAAAAAUGGUUUACGUGUCCUUGCUAUUGCUAUGUUAGAAGGUUGUAAACUGGAUGAUUGGGAUCUUACUGAUCCUAAAAACUUUAUUAAUAUUGAAAAGAAUAUGAUUUUCCUUGGUCUUGUUGGCAUGCUUGACCCACCUCGUCCAGAGGUUAAAAAUAGUAUUCGUAAAUGUAAAACAGCUGGAAUUCGUGUUAUUGUCAUCACAGGCGAUAAUCGAAACACUGCGGAAGCUAUUUGCAGGAAAAUUGGUAUUUUUGGAGAACAUGAAGAUAUAACGGGGAAAUCAAUAACUGGCAGAGAAUUUGAUGAUUUAUCAAAAAAUGAAAAACUUGAGGUUGUUAGACAUGUAAGUUUGUUCUCUAGAACUGAACCAAAUCACAAGAGUGAACUUGUUGAACUAUUAAAGAGUCAAGGUGAAGUUGUUGCUAUGACUGGAGAUGGCGUUAAUGAUGCUCCAGCCCUCAAAAAGGCCGAUAUUGGUAUAGCAAUGGGUGACGGUACCGAUGUUGCUAAGUUGGCUGCUGAUAUGGUUCUUGCUGAUGAUAAUUUUGCAAGUAUUGAAGGUGCUGUCGAGGAAGGUCGAUCAAUAUAUAACAAUACAAAACAAUUCAUUCGUUAUUUAAUUAGUUCAAAUAUUGGCGAAGUAGUGAGCAUUUUCCUCACAGUACUGCUCGGCAUGCCAGAAGCACUUAUACCUGUUCAAUUACUUUGGGUGAAUCUUGUAACUGAUGGUCUUCCAGCAACUGCUCUUGGUUUCAACCCUCCUGAUCAAGAUAUCAUGCGACAACCACCACGAGAUAGACAUGAACCUAUUGUUGGAAGAUGGUUGUUUUUCCGAUAUAUGGUUGUAGGCACUUAUGUCGGCGCUGCGACUGUAUUUGCAUAUGCUUGGUGGUUUUUAUUUUAUGAUCAAGGGCCACAAAUAUCAUUUCACCAAUUGUCAAACUUUCAUAAAUGCGGAGAAUUAUUCCCUGAAAUCGGCUGUGAAAUGUUUGUUAAUGAGAUGGCAAAACGUGCCACAACAAUGUCACUUUCGGUAUUGGUUACCAUAGAAAUGUUCAAUGCCACUAAUUCUCUUAGCGAAAAUGAGAGUUUAUUUACCUUACCUAUAUGGAAAAAUAUGUAUCUUGUGUUGUCUAUUAUACUUUCAAUGGUUUUACAUUUCAUGAUUCUUUACGUACCAUUCUUUUCGAAUUUAUUUGCCAUUGUUCCUCUCAAUCAGGAGGAAUGGAUAGCCGUGUUGUGGAUAUCAUUUCCUGUUAUCAUAAUCGAUGAAAUAUUGAAAUUCGUGAGCAGAGUAUUCGUCGCUCCACCAACAAAAAUUAAAGUUGAUUAAUAAAUGGUAUUUGGGGAUUAACGUGAUUUAAUGAAUACUGCGAACUAAUUUUAUUUUAAAUAUUAAUGUAGAACAGAUAAAUGGAAUAGAUUUGAUCAAAGAUCUUCAAAAAUAGCCGUUUUGUAUAAUAUUUAUUUAGUAUAUCUCAACCAUGUAAUUUAUUUAUGUAAUUAAGCAGAGUGAUAGCUAUAAAAAAAAAUCUGAUUAUUGGUCUGACUGUCGUUUGACGACACUCUUAAUGGAAUUAUUAAAAAUAGACUCAAUUAUAAUUAUAAGAAAUGAUUAUAUAAUGAAUGAAUAAUAAAUAAUGACAAUCAGAUUUACCUUAUUUAGUAAUUGAAGAUAUAUUAUUAUAAAUCGAAAAUUUUUAUCAAAAAUUUUUUUUUUAAUUUAAACAGUUG